GUGACUCCUCCCCCUCCAGUUAAUCUCAAUUCAGUUGUCACUGAGAGGACGAGAGAUACGACUUCACUCUCAAAGCGAUUUCGUCCACUUUCUCCGGGGAUUGCCAAGGGAUUUCAAUGUUUGGCCCGUUCUUUUGUUUCUGUGUUGAUUCGGAUCGCACAUAUAUGGCGCUUGUGACUGUCUGUAGAGAGUUCUGCCAGGCUCAGCACCUCACCUUUGUGGACAAGUGAAUUGUUAGCCACCUGCGGGACUACGCUACCAAGAAGCCCCCCUGACAGCCACCACACUGGGUCCAGUCUGUCUCUCCUAUAUACCCUUGUGGGAUCACACGUAGUCCUCCGCCCCGGCAUAUUCAGGCACGCCCGCCUCAUUUCCUCCCUACAGCUUUUUCUCCCAGUAGCCAAUUAGAAACGCUUCUCCUGAAUGGGACGUCUUGCCAAUAUGAACCGCCCUGCCGCUGUUGAGAUCUCCUAUGACUGCAUGAGGUUCCUCAUCACACAUAACCCCACCAACUCCACUCUCAACAAGUUCACUGAGGAGCUAAAGAAGUUUGAGGUGAACACACUGGUGAGAGUUUGUGAAGCCACCUAUGACAAGGCGCCAGUGGAGAAGGAGGGUAUUCAGGUCCUGGACUGGCCCUUUGAUGAUGGAGCUCCACCCCCCACCCAGAUUGUAGAUGAUUGGUUCAACUUGCUGAAGACUAAGUUCCGAGAGGAGCCGGGAUGCUGCAUCGCGGUUCACUGUGUUGCGGGCUUGGGCCGGGCACCGGUGCUGGUGGCCUUAGCUUUAAUUGAGUGUGGCAUGAAGUAUGAAGAUGCGGUGCAGUUUAUAAGACAGAAGAGACGUGGAGCCUUCAACUCCAAACAGCUUCUUUACCUCGAAAAAUACAGACCUAAGAUGCGUCUGCGGUUAAAGGCCAACUGUUCUGUCCAGUAGUGCACCAUUCUUUCUGUCAUACAAAACUAUAGUGGGACGUUCAACCAGGGUAGAAAAGAGAAUAAAAAGCUGUGGGUUAUAAUUGUGGUGAUUUUAUAAAAUGAAUCCUGGUUAACCAAUCACAGAGAUACAAUGAAUGUAAAGCUGAUCUUUGGAUUCACCAGCAGUAUAAUUGAGAAGGGUCAAAGCACACAGACAAGCCCCCGCAACCUGGUUGGUAAAACAGUUUAUCGGUCACGGGCAAGAAUAUACAUGAAUAUCCCCCAAUUCCCAAAUUUUCAAUCAUGAGAUUACUUUUUAUUUUGCAUUCAUUUAGAAUGAAUACUUUGAACCAUGAUGAAAAGAUUACAGAUAUAAAAUGCUGUCAUUGUUGAAUUGUAUUGUGAAUUUUACUGUUGGGCAUGUUUAUUUGCAGUAUAUUUCUUUUUUUUUUUACUUUCCAAAGAUAAUAGCCAAUUUUGUUACAGAAACAAUUCUUAAGUAUGAUAUUUUUGCACAAAACAAACUUUAUAAUAUUCCUAACCAAUGCAGCAAAUGCCCCCUUAUAUGUGGCUUUUAAUUUAGGGUUGGCUUAGUUUUUAAAAAUGUCAACUGUAUUUAUUCACUAUAAUUAGUGUCUUGUCAGGAGUGUGGGUGGGGCUAUGACACAAUCUUUUUCUUUUUUCCCCUUUCAUGGAGCCAUGUUAUUUUCUCUCAUUUCUUCAUCUCUGGGGAGUGCAAUAUUCAGUCCAGCUUGGAAAAGCCCUCACCCUUAGGACCGUCCUACUUCCAAAUUCAAAUACAGUAGACACAGUUUUUGAAAUGCAGGAGGAUUCUUGGCUUGUUUUAGGUACUCACUUUCUAAAUGCUCUGUAAAAAGCUUUACUGUUGGCCUGGCUGUUGACACCCACAUUUAAAAUGUGUACACUUUAUCUGUCACCCUACUGUUCAGCCCACAGAUACACUGAAGGAAGUGAGAGGCGGGAGACUGGUCAGCUCUGGCUUUAUUUUAUUUUUGUAAUCAUUGUGCCCAUUUUUGAAAACAUUUCCCAUUUCAUCUUUGUUUUAAGAUAAAUAAAUGAUAAAAAAAAUUAUUGUGGACUAUUUUCACUGUUAUUUCCUGUAAUGUGUCAGCUAUUUUCUGUUCUUGGUGGAGUCAUUUUGUGAUGUCUGAUUCUUAUGGCCACUCAAGAUAACACAUCAAAUUACAGUGGUGCUGCAAUUGAAUGAUAAAUCAAUGUGGUUACUCCUCUGAAGUAAUGUGUAGUGUCAGAUGUGUGCGUCUCAUCAAACAGUAGAGAUUUCAGUAUUUUUAUUUGAGAAAUAAAUACAAUGUGACUUUUUCAUAUUAAUUACUGUCUAAAGAGGUACAGAUCCACAUGAAGAUGGACAAUCGCCUGUUUACACAUAUUUUACAGACUCCAAUGGAUUAAAU